AUGACCGCUGGUAACACAUUGGCUGCUACUCUUUGUUAUAUAUGUGUGGGAAAUAUUGAUAAAACAGUGGAAAUUUGGUCAAGGAGUCUUAGAAUUGAGCACGAAGGGAAAUCCUAUGUUGAGCUUCUUCAACAUAAUUUGGUACUUGAAGAGGAUUUGAUGGAAAAGACUGUUGUCCUUGCCUUGGCAACUGGGCAGAAGCGAUUUAGUGCAUCUUUGUGUAAGCUUGUUGAAAAAUAUGCUGAAAUUUUAGCAAGUCAAGGGCUUUUAACAACAGCAAUGGAGUACCUUAAACUUUUGGGCUCUGAUGAAUUGUCACCUGAACUUGUGAUCUUAAGGGAUCGAAUUGCACUCGCUACAGAACCUGGUAUAAGCUUCCACUGGAUUAGUUACCCCUGCCUGUUUUGGUAGAACUCCAAGAUGUCCGGAUGAGAUUGUUAGGAGAAUUCGAGUCACUGCAUCCUAUGAGGACCCCAGUUGGAGUGGCAAGUUGCUUGAGACAUAUGAUACUCAAACUGAUCAAUUCCGAAUUGCUUCAUGCUGCUGGUACAAUUGUUAAACUACCUACAAAGUACAACUUCUAUUAUCUGCAUUCAAAGAAAUCACAGGAUUCAUUGCUUUCCAAAGCAAUUCUCUGCUUUUUAUAAAAAUGUAUUUCCUCACUCUUCCCUUCAUUUAUGUUGACGCUUUGAGCUCUGCUUUCCUUUGAUACAGUAGCUUUCGGCAAAAAUAUAUUUCUCGGACACUUAAAAGCCUUUCUGAUU